AUAGUAAAUAUAUUGCAUUGUUAAAUCCUGCAUGCUAAAGAGACAUCACAUUUUCACGUAACAAGAAGAUUUGUAACUGAACGUAGAAUGUCAAGGCGGGCCAGUCGGACUUCCUUAGGUGGGGAUAAUGGAGAGUUCUACCUUGAGUGUAAAGCUGCUUACUUGUCUAUUUAUGACAAUAUCAAGGAUGAGAUUGAUUCAUUAGAGGACCUCAUCCAAGUUUUACAGCAGGCUGGUAGAAAUCCAUCAAAAAGAGUUUUGUCAAAAUAUUGGAAAUCUGAUACAGACCACUUAACAUUUGAUGAUUUUGUUGAAAUCUGUAAAAAGGAAAAGGCCACAACUGCUGAUGACUUAAUGAAGGCAUUCAGAAAGAUUGACAUUAAUGGCGAUGGUUAUAUUUCUCUAGAGGAGUUGUACAAAAUCAUGACCACUAAAGGUGAGAAGAUGAGUCGUUCAGAGGUUAAAAAGAUGAUUGAUGAAGUGGAUGAAAAUAAAGAUGGUCGCCUGGAUUAUGGGGAGUUUUGUAAGAUGAUCAUGGAAACAACAGAGGAAUGUAAGAAAGCAUCUCGUCGAAUCAUGGAGAAAAAAGAACAAAAAAGAAGGAAGGAAGAUCUUACCAAAACAAGUGAUUCUAGGUCAGGGUCACAGAUAUCAGUUAAAUCUGCAGCAUCCGUAAAAAGUCACAGUGAGAGGCCAAUGUCUGCUUCCUCCAGAUCUAACAGAGUUGCUAUGGAGGAACCAAAUGUGUCUUCAGAGGCAUCAGAGCCACCUAAAGAAGACAGUGCUGUCACUCAGGAGAACACAGGGUCAAAGGUUUCACUAAGGUCAAAGGACAAUGAUCAAGCAUCUACCAAAGGUUUGGGAUCUAGGGUAUCAUUAAAAUCAAACAAGGAGGAAGAUAAGCAGAAAUCCCAAGGCAUGGGAUCCAAAGUAUCUAUUAAAGAGGAAAUAUCAGAAUCUAAAGUAGAGGAACCAGGAGCAACAACACAAAAUAUGGGAUCUAAAGUAUCAUUAAGAUCAAGCAGGGAAGAAAAAAAGCAGGAAUCCCAAGGCAUGGGAUCCCAAGUAUCUAUUAAGGAGGAAAUAUCAGAAUCUAAAGCAGAGGAACCAGCAAAUAUGGGAUCUAAAGUAUCAUUAAAAUCAAGCAAGGAGGAAAAUCAGCAGAAAUCCGAAGGCAUGGGAUCUCAAGUAUCUAUUAAGGAGGAAAUUUCAGAAUCUAAAGCAGAGGAACCAACUUCAUCAACACAAAAUAUGGGAUCUAGAACAUCAGUGAAAUCUAAAGAAGAUGGGACUAGUAACACUGAAGUAACAGGUUCUACUACUUUGCUCAAUACUAAGGAGGAAAAGUCUGAAGCUAUGGGAUCCAAGGUGUCCCUGAGGUCAAGGAAAGAUUCUAAAGCAGAUAUAAGUGGUUCAAAGCUCUCCCUGAAAUCGAAAGAUGGAGAUACUGUCAAACAAGAAACUAUGGGAUCUAAAGUUUCUCUGAAAUCCAGAGGGGAAUCAAAUAUGGGAUCCAAAGUUUCCCUGAAGUCAAGAGGAGAUCCAAAUCUGGGAUCUAGAGUUUCUCUGAAAUCCAAACGGGACUCUAUUGCACCUGCUGAGACAGCAACCAUUAGAGAAGAGCAGGAUGAUUCUGAAGAAGAAACUCCUAAAUCAGUCUGGCCUACUCCCCGUGCUAGGAAAGACAGUAAAUCUGUUAAACAGAUCAAUGAAGGGAGUAUGUUUGGUUCCUUCGCCUCCAUGAAGUCAGGUGCAUCUUUGGCUGGGUCACGAAAGUCUCUUCUGAGUGUUGAUGAUCUUCCAAAGCCAUCUCCCAGAAACAGGAAAUCCAAGGGUCAGGCAGCAGCAACCCUGCCUAAACUAUAUGAGCCCAAGAAUCUUAAGGAAUGGACACACACAACAAGCAAAGGAAUGUUCUUCAUUGAUGAGGAUACUGGAAACCUUCUUUGCCAUCAGUACGAUCUUAAACUAACAGAGGAGACUUCUGUGUGGAUUACAAUAGAGCCAAUCAAAAGUCGCUGUCAAGCCAACGUUGAUCAGAUCAUAGAUACAGCACUGUUUAUCCUGAGGGAAAGACCUGAUGAUGAUGGUAAUGUCCUGAUUACAUUCACACAGCACAGAGAUUCCAAAGGGAAAUAUGGAGUGAAAUGUUCCUUGGAUGCAGGAAACUAUCAUGUAAUUCCAUUCACAACUGGAUCUCGUCUUAAAAAGCGAGAGAGUGAGUCAUCCAACCCUGUAAAACUACUGCAGUGCAAAGAGGGAAAACACACCAUCACUAAAGCUUUUAGGAAGGUGUUAGAGGAUGUCUUUGAUUUAUCAGACCUGGAUGGAAAUGGAACAAUGAGUAGAGAGGAGUUUAACUGGUACAACAUCAGGACAAGUGAUGAAGAGGUCGGGGACGAUGAAUGGGAGGUUGUAGAGGAGCGUCUUGAACUUGAGAAUGGAGAAAUCACAAAGAAUGGCUUCCUUCAGCUGAAUGACUUGGAAGCUGAGGACUCUAACGGAGAUGAAGAUGAUAUGUGGGUGACUCUGGAGAGUCUGGGUAUCAACAAGGAGCUGGUUAUGGAUGAGGCUUGUCCUUUCUUAGUUAAUGUGUAUACAGAGGACUGUGAUGAUGCUGAAUUUAAAGUGGUUGCUAUAGAAUCUAUGAUGGAUAAACUGCAGCGCCCUCUCUGUCAGUCUGUGAUGGAAAAGGGUGAAGCUACCAAGGUGAAAGGCAUGAAGGAUUUGACAAUGUACACUUACAUGGGAGAUACUAGGGCCAGCAUAGUGCUGGACAACAAGUCUUACAGUACAGUCCGCGUCAAGCUGGAUUGUUCCAGCAGCCAAAACUGUCUCACAAAUCGACCAUCUCUAGAGGAAUCAUUCUCUGUCAAGUCACACUCUCAGAUAAUUGCGUAUCAUUUCACACCAGAUGAUGAAGAUGAAGAAUGGAGCGUGAAGUGUACAGAGGUCAUACAGAAAUAGCACUUACAGGAUUUAGUUUUUGUUGGAGAUUUAUCAUCUUUAUUUUAGCAGCAGGACUGUAGCUUUAACAACAUAUUCUGCUCUUUUUUGGAAUUACAUUGCAGCUGCAAGGUAGCAUUUUGUAUACAUACUAUUUCUAUGUCUGAAGCAGAAACUGGUAGAGCUAAUGUUGUAAUGAUGUUGAUAGGGCAUAUUGUACUGAAAUAAUGUAACAAAAUAAUGUAACAAGUUAGUGUCCAAAUAUUUAUUUCUUAUUAAUGGGUAAAGGGGUAUAACUGUACAUCCACAUCACACAAUACUUCUGGUUGUCAAUAAAUUAAGUCUAUGCAGAUAACAAUAAAAAGAUUGUGAUUAAUUUUGUUUUCACAAAAUACCAUAUACAUUUGCAUUGUUAUAUUGAAUAUAUAUUUAUUGAAAAUAUGAACUUUGCUAAAGAAAUGAUAUAAUAUUUAAAUCCAUAAAUUUGGU